AUGUACUGUGCAUUCACGCGUUCACUACUGCAACCAUCACGACGAGUUGCCCUGGCACCACGGAUAAGUCAAUUCCAUUCUGCAAUUGCGAUUCGAAAUGCCAACACAGCCGAAAAAGUAACGGACGCAAAACCAGCAGCAGCACGAACAGCUUCGUCGGUACCAAAAGGUCAAACGCUCACCGGUAUCAACUUUUUGAAAGAGGGUAAAGACCCUGUAGCACUCGACGACAGCGAAUACCCCGACUGGCUCUGGGAUUUGUUGGAUGAAAAGAAGCAAAAGCAAAAGACCACCAAACCCACAAACCGAACAUAUCAUCGCAAGAAGAACCGUGACGCUAUCAAGGCAAUGAACUUUAUGAAGGAUAAGAAGACCUAA